UCCACUUUUUUCUCUCUCCCUUCCACACUCCCUCUCUCUUUUUAGCAGCAACAUACAAGCCGGCCAUAUUAGAGAGAUGGAAAUAAAGCUUCCUUAAUGUUGUAUGUGUCUUUGAAGUACAUCCGUGCAUUUUUCUUUUAGCAUUUAACCAUUCCUUCCCGGUAGCCCUCGGCCCCUCAAAUCACCCUCUCCCCUAUCCCACCCGACUAACAUCUCAGUCUCUGAAAAUGCACAAAGAUGCCUGGCUACCUCGCCCUGCCUUCAGUCUCACGGGGCUCAGUCUCUUUUUCUCUUUGGUGCCACCGGGGAGGAGCAUGGAAGUCACAGUACCUGCCACCCUCAACGUCCUCAAUGGCUCUGAUGCCCGCCUGUCCUGCACCUUCAACUCCUGCUACACUGUGAACCACAAACAGUUCUCCCUGAACUGGACUUACCAGGAGUGUAGUAACUGCUCUGAGGAGAUGUUUCUCCAGUUCCGCAUGAAGAUCAUUAACCUGAAGCUGGAGCGGUUCCGAGACCGCGUGGAGUUCUCAGGGAACCCCAGCAAGUAUGACGUGUCAGUCACACUGAGAAACGUGCAGCUGGAGGAUGAGGGCACCUACAACUGCUACAUCAUGAACCCACCCGACCGCCACCGUGGCCACGGCAAGAUCUAUCUGCAAGUCCUCAUGGAAGAGCCCCCUGAGCGGGAUUCCACUGUGGCCGUGAUCGUGGGCGCCUCCGUCGGGGGCUUUCUGGCUGUGGUCAUCUUGGUGCUGAUGGUAGUAAAGUGUGUGAGGAGGAAAAAAGAGCAGAAACUGAGCACGGAUGACCUGAAGACGGAGGAGGAGGGCAAGACGGAUGGAGAGGGCAACGCGGACGAUGGCACCAAGUAACGGGGCGGGCGGCCGGCCCUGCAGCCCCUCCCUUGCGUCCUGUCUCCCUCCCACUCUCCGCCCCGCACAGUGUGCCCCCGCCUGCCCUCUCUUGGUGUGCUUCUCUCGAUCCAGGAUCCCAGGGCUGACCUGGGGCCUCCUGAACCCCUCCCUUCGUAUCCGCCACCCUGCACCAAGAGAGACUCACCUCUCUUUGAUUCGAGAAACCUGCCCUGGCGUCUGGGAUGUGUGGGCCCUGGG